UCCUUUCUCCGCCAUCAUGGUGUGUGCUUGACUCCGCUUCUCGCCAUGUCUUCUCACAAGACCUUCAGGAUUAAGCCAUUCCUGGCCAAGAAACAAAAGCAAAAUUGUCCCAUUCCCCAGUGGAUUCGGAUGAAAACUGGUAAUAAAAUCAGGUACAACUCCAAAAGGAGACAUUGGAGAAGAACCAAGCUGGGUCUAUAAGGAAUUGCACAUAAGACGGCACACAUAUUGAUGCUGUCUGAAGGUCACAAUCAUGUUACCAUAUCAAGCUGAAAAUGUCACCACUAUCUAGAGAGUUCGAAAUGUUUUUCCUC